AUGGAUAAGAAUAAGCAUCUGGUAUUCAUGUACGGAACUCUCAAGUCCGGGGAGGCCAACCACAAACAGCUGUUUGCCAAAGGUGCCGAUGGAUCUGUGUUUCUGGGACACGCACGGACAGUGUCCAGGUUCCCGCUCAUCGUCACAACGCCAUUCAACAUUCCCUUCCUUUUACACAAGGAAGGCUUGGGGCAUAGAAUAAAAGGGGAGCUGUACCUCAUCGACGAUGAGACGCUGAAGCAUAUAGACUGGUUCGAGGGUCACCCGCACUGGUAUGAGAGGCGUCAGAUCAAAGCCGAGCUACUCACAGACAGCCUGGGCAACAAACUGGACAAGCCUGAAACCCUGCAGGUCUGGCUCUACGGCUUGUCAAGGUAA